CUCAAAAAAGUUUAAAAAAUCACCAAUCUUUGGAAGCAUGUAGAAGAAGAUGGUGUGAUUUUAGCUCAAAAGCAAGCUUUAAUUCACGAGUUCUCUUUUCUCCUUACCCAAAGAAACAAAUUUAGUUUUAUAUUUGUAGAUAUAUGUGUAUCUAUGUGUAUGUGCGAGCAAUAUAAAUUUAGUAAUGUUAUAGUUGAAGUGACGCACUACAAAACCCUAAAAAAAGGGUAGCUGGGAACUUGAUUAUUGUGAUCUGUUGCGGAAAGUAGAGGCUUCACGGGAUCAAGCAAAGUAACUUUAUCUAUCUCUAUCUUCAGCUAACAGAAUUCAAUGUUUUGAUGGUGAUUUUGGGCUUUUGAACUUGUGGAAAUUUGAAGUUUAUUUUUGGGGGUUGGGAAUUUUCGGUUGGAUGGAUCGACCGGCGGGGAUGGCGGGACCGGGAAUGGAUAUGCCGAUAAUGCAUGAUAGUGAUCGGUAUGAACUAGUUAAGGAUAUUGGGUCGGGUAAUUUUGGGGUGGCCCGGCUCAUGAGGGACAGGCAGACCAAUGAGCUUGUGGCUGUUAAGUACAUCGAGAGAGGUGAGAAGAUUGAUGAAAAUGUAAAGCGAGAAAUUAUCAACCACAGAUCUCUGAGGCAUCCCAACAUUGUCCGAUUUAAAGAGGUCAUAUUGACGCCUACCCAUUUGGCUAUUGUCAUGGAAUAUGCAGCUGGUGGAGAGCUGUUUGAACGGAUAUGCAAUGCUGGACGGUUCAGUGAGGACGAGGCACGUUUCUUCUUCCAGCAACUCAUAUCGGGGGUCAGCUACUGUCAUGCUAUGCAAAUAUGUCAUCGAGACUUGAAACUAGAGAAUACUUUAUUGGAUGGAAGUCAAGCUCCUCGUUUAAAAAUUUGCGAUUUCGGCUAUUCGAAGUCCUCGGUGCUGCAUUCCCAACCAAAGUCAACAGUUGGUACUCCUGCAUAUAUCGCUCCCGAAGUGCUACUAAAGAAAGAAUAUGAUGGCAAGAUUGCAGAUGUUUGGUCCUGCGGAGUAACUCUGUACGUUAUGUUGGUUGGAGCUUACCCUUUCGAGGACCCUCAGGAGCCCAAAAACUUCCGUAAGACGAUACAGCGAAUCUUGAAUGUUCAGUAUUCAAUUCCAGAUUAUGUUCAUAUAUCUCCAGAAUGUCAUCACCUGAUCUCAAGGAUUUUUGUUGCAGACCCUGCAAAGAGGAUAAGUAUUCCUGAGAUCAGGAACCACGAAUGGUUUCUGAAGAACCUUCCUGCAGAUCUUAUGGAUGAAAACAUGACAAACAACCAGUUCGAGGAGCCUGAUCAACCGAUGCAGAGUGAUGCUGAAAUCAUGUCGAUAAUUACUGAGGCUACUAUCCCGGCAGCCGGGACUACUAAUCUAAAUCAGUAUCUUAAUGGCAGCGAGGACCUUUACGACGAUAUGGAGGAAGAUCUUGAGAGCGACCCUGAUCUUGACAUUGAUAGCAGUGGAGAAAUCAUUUAUGCUAUGUGAUUGUACGAUGUAAAACCGAAGGUGAACUACACUGUUUGAUGAAAGGGUAGUGGCACUGUUUGAUGAUGCUUCGUUUAUUUUAACAAGAACCAUUUGUUCCUCCAUGUUUACGCUGCAUCUGUAACUCGAUUCAGUGGUCGAGUUUGUGUUUCUUUGAAACAAUCUUUAGCCAUUUCAAACUAUCGUUUAUGCACUCGUUUUGUAUAUAUUUUUCUUGUUCUUCAAGCA